AUGACGUCGAGGCCCCGGUACAAUGCGAGAUUGACCCCGGGGUCUCUUUAUAGUGGCUUUGUAGGAAUCACUCGAGGUGGUGUUAGUGGGUAUUCCACCCAGUCUCUGAAUAGAAGAUAUUCUGGUGUGAGUCAAGUCCCAAUACCUCUGCUUCUUUCAGGGAGCAGGGACAUUGAUGUUGUUAUGUUGAAACUAUGUCUUAGCAGACCAGUAGUACUUUUCUCAUGUCUUUUUUCUGGUCUAUCGAUAAGACGAGAGUUAGCCCUAAGUGAGUCCAGUAUGUCAAACCAGUCGAAGUUUAGACUAUUAAGCCCUAAGACAUACCUUCACGUUCACGUUUCACAGAACACAAUGGAAUUAGCUGCCCACUGA